GAAUCUGCAGCGGGUCACCUGGGCGCAGGUGAAGGGAAAGCUGCAGCCUGCAGUCUCUCAAGAGAUUUGUAUUGAGCUGUGAACAAGCCUAGCUUUCAUUCAACUGGUGUUCCUUCAAAAUAAGGCUUUACAAACACAGGAUGCACCCCCAGGUGGAGCUGAGUGUUCAGUGCAGAGAUCCUUCAGUGCAUCCCCAGGUGGAGCUGAGUGAGGAGUGCAGAGCUCCUUCAGUGCACCCCCAGGUGGAGCUGAGUGAGGAGUGCAGAGCUCCUUCAGUGCACCCCCAGGUGGAGCUGAGUGAGGAGUGCAGAGCUCCUUCAGUGCACCCCCAGGUGGAGCUGAGUGAGGAGUGCAGAGCUCCUUCAGUGCACCCCCAGGUGGAGCUGAGUGUUCAGUGCUGAGAUCCUUCAGUGCAUCCCCAGGUGGAGCUGAGUGUUCAGUGCAGAGAUCCUUCAGUGCAUCCCCAGGUGGAGCUGAGUGUUCAGUGCAGAGAUCCUUCAGUGCACCCCCAGGUGGAGCUGAGUGAGGAGUGCAGUUAAUGUUCCUCUUGAAGACAUGGCAGUCUGCUCUCAGCACGUUGAACCCAAACCCUACGGAUAACUGCUCCCUGUACCUGAACUACGCGACCGUGGCAGCCUUGCCCUCGCGGGUGAGCCGGCACAACAGCCCUUCAGCGGCCCAGUUCCUCACGAGGCUCGUCCGUAACUGCCUGCCCCGGGGGGCCAGCCGCUGCAUCGUGAUGGUUUGCGAGCGCUCGGAGGUGUUUGCCUCGGCCUGCGCCAUCGCCAGGGCCUUCCCCCUCUUCACCCGCCGCUCCAGCGCCACCAGGAAAACGGACAAGCGCGUCGUCGCUGUGGAGUUCAUCAUCAUGGGGCAGGACGGCGGGCCCUUGGAUGUCCCCACACUGGAGUGCCUGGCAAAUGCUGCCGAUGGCGUGAGACUGGCAGCGCGUAUCGUAGACACGCCCUGCAAUGAGAUGAAUACAGAUCACUUUCUAGAGGAAAUCAAGGCGGUCGGAAGCGAGCUGGGAAUCGUGCCCACUGUAAUCCGUGGAGAAGAGCUGAAAAAGAAAGGGUUUGGAGGGAUCUAUGGCGUUGGCAAAGCUGCCGAACAUCCCCCUGUCCUUGCAGUUCUCAGCCACACACCAGAGGGCGCCACACAGACGAUCGCCUGGGUCGGGAAAGGGAUCGUCUAUGACACUGGCGGACUGAGCAUUAAAGGGAAGACAUCCAUGCCUGGGAUGAAGAGAGACUGUGGAGGGGCUGCUGCUGUUCUUGGUGCAUUCAAAGCUGCCAUAAAGCAAGGCUUCAAAGACAAUCUCCAUGCUGUGUUCUGCUUGGCAGAGAAUGCCGUGGGCCCCAAUGCAACACGCCCUGAUGAUAUCCACCUUCUGUACUCGGGAAAGACUGUGGAGAUUAAUAACACUGAUGCUGAGGGGCGCCUGGUGCUGUCUGAUGGGGUCGCCUAUUCCAGCAAGGACCUCUGUGCUGAUAUCAUCCUGGACAUAGCUACACUCACAGGAGCUCAGGGUAUCUCCACUGGAAAGUACCAUGCAGCCGUGAUGACGAACAGUGAGGAGUGGGAAGCAGCCUGUGUCAAAGCCGGCCGCAACAGUGGAGACCUCGCUCACCCGCUGGUCUACUGUCCUGAACUGCACUUCAGCGAGUUCACCUCUGCUGUCGCAGACAUGAAGAACUCUGUGGCUGACCGGGAGAAUGCUCAGAGCUCCUGUGCCGGCCUGUUCAUUGCCUCCCACAUUGGUUUUGAUUGGCCCGGAGUGUGGGUGCAUGUUGACAUUGCGUCCCCAGUGCACACUGGGGAGCGAGCCACAGGCUUCGGGGUGGCAUUCCUCUUGGCUCUGUUUGGCCGUGCUUCGGAGGACCCGAUGCUGAACCUGGUGUCUCCACUGGGACCCGAAGCAGACGCUCAGUGUGAGGCGAUGGAGCGCGAUUCCAAGCGCAGGAGGCUGGUCUAGCCACUUUUAACACAUCUGUGAUCGUCUUCUCUGUAUCGAAAUGCACUGAUCAGACCUUCAUCCUACAUUUAUACAACUAGAUCAAAAAUAAAAAACAAUUUUUCAUGUGA